CUGCUGUCACAUAUCGGAAAAGAUCGCGAGCCCCGGAUUCCCACCAUCCAAGUACCGGGCCUAGCAAGAAACCCGUACUAGAGCCCCCCCAACUACAAACGCAUUGAUCGCGAUUCUUCUGUUGGCUGCCGUCGAAAAGAAAAUUCUUUUUUUUUUUUAUACCAUAGCGCCCUUUUGAAUUCCUCAUCGAGGUCGUCGGUUGGACCGUGUCACUCUUUGGCGGCGGGCUAAUCGAUCUUGUGUGGUUGGCUCGCGGCUCUCUUGUGUUUCAGUAUCCCUCCUCGAUCGAACAACUGGAAUUCUUCCACGAGGAAUCGGCAAUCUUUCUCUUCUUCUCUCGAAUUCCCUCGUUUGGAACCUGACGCAACUCUCGUCCUGGUGGAAAACAAUGCCUCGGAUAUUCUCUCUGGCGCUGGGAGCGCUUGCUCUGCUCACGACCACGGCGACGCUCUGCACGCAAAGCGCAGUCAGCGUUCGCAUCUCCCACUCCUCCCCCGGCAGGACAGCCUCAACUGUCGCUGCUGUGUUUGAAGCUGCAGUUCUCAUCCUCCUUGGGUGGCUCAUCGCGGCCGAUGCUGUCCCCUCAUUCCCCGGACAGUCGAAGCUGUGGCGGAGGAUCGUCUCUGGUCUCGAAGCCACGGCUUGUGUCAUUGCGACUGGGACCUCGCUCGCUGCUCUGGUGUACUUGGCAAGGGCGGAUGGGGGCGAGAACAAGCACCUCCUCGUUGCGUCUUCUGUGACACUUGGACUGGCCGUUUCCACUCAGCUGGUAUACACGAUAUACCAGAUCCUACCGACCUCUUCUGAUGUUAGUGGCGCUUCCUGGCCAGGCCGCAAGGACGAGGAGUCCGGACGAUCACGCAAGAUCAACCUCAAGGCCAUCAGGUACAGCCAGACGAUGCCCAUUGUCGACGAGCCCAGUCCCAUGGCAAAGAUUCACACUCGAAGCCGUCCUACUUCCGUCGACAACAAGUCAAUCGCCGAGACUGUUGCCUCAUCCGUCACUUACGUCGCCCAAUCCAUCCGAUCUGUCUCGAGCAGGCCCAAGACGCGCUCCUCCAAGGAGAAGGAGAGGAGCCGCUCCAUGUCCAUCGAAUCGACUGCCAACCGAAGCACCGUGGCUGACGAUGCCUUCGACUCCUGGGAUACCUCCACGGUCGACGCUCACUGCCGGGAGGCUGUGCUGGAAGUUUCGACGCCCACGCAAAGCAAGCCCCGCGGGCUCGAAACGAUUCCUGCCAGCCCCGUGCCCAGCCGCAGUCCCUCGCCAGCGUCCUUUGCCGAACUCGAGCCGCCCCGUAUCCAAACCCGGCGUCGGAGCCGAAGCUACAGCCCGGUAUCCAUCCGACGCGAGCUCCGCGAUCUGCCAACCCCGGGCAGCUCAGGCAGCGAGGCUCACAUUCACCCUCUGUUUCGAUCCGACUCUCCUGACCCGCACCCCUUUGCGACGCCAGGCACCAUCGUCAUGGCGGCUCCGGAGACGGCGCGGGUCCUCGUCCACCGAUCGAGCAACCUGUCGCUCAACCGCCUGAGAAGCGACAGCAUGCCCAAUUCGCCCAACGGCUUCAGCAGGCAUGACUUUGACUCCAGGUCCCUCAGAGGAAACCGUUCCGAGUUGGAUCUGAGCGAGCAGGCGUUUGCCGACAGGGGAAUGGCCCCUCCUGCGCCUGAAUGGCUGCGGAGGGAGCUGUGAUGGAGGGGCUGGCUUUGGGAGGAUAUUUAACGACUUGACGUAUUCGAUUCUUCUUCUUCUUUGUCUUUUUGUGUUGUGUCUUCAGCUUGUAACGAACUGCACACUUUAUAUCCAAUUCUCGGAGGCCUACAAGUUAGAAGGGACAUGGGACGGGACAUGGCGAUGAUACCAUUUGUUGUUGGAUUUGGGGCCGGAGAUUUUAGAUGAGCGUUGGCGUUGGAUGAUUUAGUCUUCUUCUCUGGACAUAUAUAUAU